AUGCAUUUCUUCUAUAUUUUUAAAGAAAAAAGCAAUGCACAAGAUUGUUUGAUUUUAAAUAUGAAGAUUCUAAGUCAAGUUCAAUUAAAUCAAAAUCUUCAUUAGGUUUUGUUUCUAUCCUAAUAUUAAUAGAAAAGAUUUUUCCCCAAUUGUUUUCGAUAACCAAAAUCAAGUGAUAGAAAUUCAUUAUUUUUUUAAAUAAAGAUUAUGAAUAAUCCUAAACACUAGCUAGAAACUUUAUUUUAUAUUUUUGCCAACGUUUUGGAAGUUGAUGAAGAAAUAUUCACUUAAAUAAUAAAAUUUUUUUCAAAAGAAAACAUAUUAGAUACUAUUGAAUAUCUAUCGAUAGAACUAAAUCAAAAACAUCUUUAAUCAAGCAUCAUAAAACUAAAGAAUACAUCAAAUACAGAUGAACUAAACAAGUUAGAAGAUUUAGGAAAUGACAUUAAGGUUAUUCUUAAUACUCUCAAAAAAAUUAAAGACAAUUACAUUAAUUUUAAGAAUUUCUCCUCUGAGCAAUAUUUAGAAUUAAAAAAAGAUAUAAUUAGUAAAAUAAAAGAAAAUAACAAACUCAAAUCAUUUUUAAAAUUUUUAAUCCAUCUAACUGCUGUAGAUAAGUAAUUCAUAGUAUGUGGAUCAAAUUCACUUCACUUAUUAGUGGAAAUGAAUGUAGAUUUAUAAAACUAGUGUUUUGAAAAUAUAAGGAUUGAGAAUACCUCUUUAAUUGGUGGAAAUUUCGUAGAAUGUAAUUUGAGUGGAUCAAAUUUUAAUAAUGUUGAUAUUAGUGGAAUAAAUUUAAAUGGUGCGUAACUAUUUAACUGUAAAUGGAGAAAUAUAAGAAUACUAGAAUUAAAUAAAUUAAAUGGUCAUACUAGUAGGGUAAAGUCAGUAUGUUUCUCUUGUGAUGGAGCUACUUUAGCAUCUGGUAGUGAAGAUAAGUCAAUCAGAUUAUGGGAUGUGAAAACAGGAUAAUAAAAAGCUAAAUUUGAUGGUCAUACUAGUUAGGUAAUGUCUAUCUGUUUCUCUCCUGAUGGAAAUACUUUAGCCUCUGGUAGUUUUGAUAAGUCCAUCAGAUUAUGGGAUGUUAGGACAAGAAAAUUAAAAAACUAAUUAGAUGUUCGUGAUAGAUGUGUAAACUCAAUAUGUUUCUCUCCUGAUGGAAAUACUUUAGCAUCUGGUAGUGAUAACUCUAUACGUUUGUGGGAUGUAAAGAAAGGAUAAGAAAAAAAUAAAUUAGAUGGUAAUACUAGCAGUGUUUAUUCAGUCUGUUUCUCUCCUGAUGGAAAUACUUUAGCAACUAGUAGUAGUGAUAACUCUAUACAUUUAUGGAAUGUAAAGACAGGAUAAGAAAAAAGUAAAUUAGACGGUCAUACUAGCAGUGUUUAAUCAGUCUGUUUCUCUCCUGAUGGAAAUACAUUAGCAUCUGGAAGUGGUGAUAGGUCUAUAUGUUUGUGGGAUGUUAAGACAGGAUAAUUAAAAAAUAAAUUAGAUGGUCAUACUAGUUAUGUAAUGUCAAUCUGUUUCUCUCCUGAUGGAAAUACUUUAGCAUCUGGUAGUGAAGAUAAGUCUAUAUGUUUAUGGGAUGUUAAGACAAAAUAAUUAAAAAAAAAAUUAGAUGGUCAUACGAAAAGUGUUUACUCAGUCUCUUUUUCUCCUGAUGGAAAUACUUUAGCAUCAGGUAGUGAUGAUAAGUCAAUCAGAUUAUGGGAUAUUAAUACUCAAUAAUAAAAAACCAAAUUAGAGGGUCAUGAUUAUUAUGUCCUAUCAGUAUGCUUCUCACAAGAUGGAACUACUUUAGCAUCUGGUAGUAAUGAUAAGUCAAUCAAAUUAUGGGAUGUUAAAACAGGAUAAAAAAAAGCCUAAUUAGAUGGUCAUUAAUAUGCAGUCUCAUCAGUAUGCUUUUCACCAGAUGGAACUACUUUAGCAUCUGGUAGUUAUGAUCACUCAAUCAGAUUAUGGGAUAUUCAAACAGGAUAAUAAAAAGCCUAAUUAGAUGAUCAUUAAUAUGCAGUCUCAUCUGUAUGCUUCUCUCCAGAUGGAACUACUUUAGCAUCUGGUAGUGAAGAUAAGUCAAUUAGAUUAUGGAAUGUUUAAACAGGAUAAUAAAAAGCCUAAUUUGAUGGUCAUACUAGUUAUGUAAUGUCAAUCUGUUACUCUCCUGAAGAAGGAAAUACUUUAGCAUCUGGUAGUAAUGAUAAGUCAAUCAGAUUAUGGGAUGUUAAAACAGGAUAAUAAAAAGCCUAAUUAAAUGGUCAUUAAUAUGCAGUCUCAUCAGUAUGCUUCUCACCAAAUGGAAAUACUUUAGCAUCUGGUAGUGAAGAUAAGUCAAUCAGAUUAUGGGAUGUUUAAACAGGAUAAUAAAAAGCCAAAUUAGAUGGUCAUACUGGAUGCGUUUACUCAAUAUGCUUCUCACCAGAUGGAACUACUUUAGCAUCUGGUAGUGAAGAUUACUCAAUCAGAUUAUGGGAUGCUAAAACAGGAUAAUAAAAAAAAGCUAAAUUUGAUGGUCAUACUGAAUGGGUUUAAUCAGUAUGUUUCUCACCUGAUGGAACUAUUUUAGCAUCUGGUAGUGGUGAUAAGUCAAUCAGAUUGUGGGAUGUUAAAACCGGAUAAUAAAUAUAAUCUUCAGUUAAAAAGUAUAAAGAAAUUUUCGCACAAUUUAAAACGCCCAUAUUUUUAAACUUUCCUUUUCCUGAUUGUAUAUAUAUAUUUUAUCUAGAUAUUCAUUUCCCUUUCCUAAUCAUUUAAUAAAAAUUGAACUUUGAAGCAUAAGGAGCUUUAAUUCUUCAAGGGGAAUUUGUAAAUCAAUCAGGAAUAGUUUUGAAAAAUUUAUUCAAGCAAAAAGGAAGUUUCUUUUUAGAAAGUGUAAAUUAGAAUUGA